UUUUGAUUCUUCUGUGCUGGACAUGUUAGCAUGUGGAAGAGUGAGAGUGUGCCAUUUGGGAAGCAGAGGGUUAUCCCAGUGGAUCUUCCAGGAUGAGGCAGGGAGGGGGGAAAUCCUUUACAUACACACUUACUGCGGCCGGAGAGAGCAGGGGAUGAGAGGAGACCUAAUACACUCCAACAAAGGCCGCGGAUGGAGCCGGGGAGGUUGCGUGAGAAUCCCCCCGGUUCUGGUGAGCCCGAGCCCGGGGACUGGAGGGGAGAGACUCCCGGUGUAGAGGCAGAGGAGGAGAGGAAACACAGCGCUGUGGUCAGCAUCAAUGGCCCAGCAUCCGAGGCUGGGUGUGUCGAGACCGGGGGGAUCACAGUGCGGGAGGAUGAGGAGGAAGAGGAUCAGUACAAAGAUGAAGAACUGGACCCUAGAAUACAGGAGGAACUGGAGCAUCUCAACCACGCGAGUGAAGAAAUAAACAGACUGGAGCUGCAGCUGGAUGAGGCACGGUCGAGUUACAGGAAGAUCCUCACCGAGUCAGCACGCAAACUCAAUGCUCAGGGCUCCCAGCUUGGUGCAUGCAUUGAAAAAGCUCGGCCGUACUACGAAGCCCGCAGACUAGCGAAAGAGGCCCAACAGGAAACGCAGAAGGCAGCGCUGCGCUACGAGCGCGCCGUCUCCAUGCACACGGCCGCGAGGGAGAUGGUGUACGUGGCUGAGCAGGGGCUCCUGGCUGACAGGAACACGCUGGAUCCGACCUGGCAGGAGAUGCUCAAUCACGCAACAGCUAAGGUGAACGAGGCCGAGGAGGAGCGGCUGCGGAGCGAGAGGGAACACCAGCGGGUCACACAGCUGUGUCAGGAGGCCGAGGCACGGGUACAGACUCUACAGAAAGCGCUAAAGAGGGUCAUCGUCAAAUCCAAACCGUACUUCGAGCUCAAGGCCCAGUUCAACCACAUCCUGGAGGAGCACAAGGCCAAGGUGGUCCAGCUGGAGGAGCGCGUGGCGAAGGUGAAGACGCGCUACUCUGUGGCUCUACGCAACCUCGAACAGAUCAGCGAGCAGAUCCACGCUCAGAGGGGGCGCGCCAGGGCAGCCAGGCAACGGAACCGAGCCCGCGGAGGGCGGAGCUCCCCGGUAGGGGCGGAGGCAGAGGGUGCGAUACAGGCCGGGGCUUACGGCGGGGUCGGAGCGAGUCUGUUGGAUAACGAUUGGGCAGAUCAGGAGAAAACCAGGCAGUGGGUCGAGAAGCACAGGGAAGAGGGGUGGGGCCACAGGCCCGAGAGGGCGGGGUCCGACUCGCUGUCCGUCAUCAGCCUGCAGACCAUCGCCUCGGAUUUGGAGAAGUGCGACUCGGUGGAGCACCUGGGAGAUUUAAGCGACGUCAGCAGCGUAAUCGGAGAGGACAGGGAGGGGGCGGAGCAGGAGAGAGAGAAGAAGCGAGCGAGUGCACUCAGGCAGGGAAAAGAGAAUGAAUCAGGGGCCUCAGGGACCGAACAGCCGCAGAGGGAUCGGGAGAACUUCGUUAAGCAGCAUCACAGAAGCGUGAGCUUGUAAGGAGUCCUGAUAUAACGCACCUUUAAACCUCAAGGUCCAGGCCUUUUGCUUCAGCCUUUCACGCCGUCCUCUCUAAUCUCUCAGAGGCAGUGUUACAAUUCUCGCCGUCUCGUAAAAAACGGCUUUUGAGCGCACUCGCGCAGACCGAGACGUAAUAGACAGAACGCAGCGUGAGUGAGAGGAGAGCGUGAAAGGCUGCAGCGGAAGGCAACGAAACGCUCUAUCAGCUCCUCCAGGACUCCCGCCCGGCAGCGGUGGCUGAGAGAUAGAAAUCAUUUUUACUCAGUAAUGACUAAAAGAAGCUGAAUAAUAUAGAGGGAGAAACGUGUAAUGAGUACCCGGCAUGGCGUCGUUUCUGUGUUGCCGCAUAUAGACCAGAGCAUAAUGUUAUUUCUUCUGCUUCUUUUUUUCCCCAUGUUUUUUUUUUCCUCUUCAUAUUAACGAAUAACAAUAAAGGAGAGAAAUACAGAGGUGACGAGUCAGCGCGUCCUCGCUCUCACUUGCGAAGGUACGAGACAGGGCGAUAAAAGGGAGACAGGGUGUAGCUACUACAGUCUAACACGCAGAUUGUAAAAAGAUCCUCAUGGAUCGGGGACUAAAAAUAGCGACAGGUAUGCUGUGAAAGAGAGAAGGGGGGGUUUAGCCGUGUAUCACUUUGAGUUCUGCUGCUUUAGUGUCAGACAUACGCUGCAAAAUCCAUGCAGUCACUGGAAUCAGUUUGAGCUGCAAAAAAAAACAAGCUGAAACCCAUGAAAAUGCAAUGAUGCGCUUCGGUUUUGACUGUGAAAAGCCACGUUUCGAAAAAAAAAUGGAUUCGAAGAAAGGGAGCUGUUCUGGAGUGCCUUGCUUCCAUAUCUAGGCUAAACGUUUUGUUUAAAAAAUAAUAAUAAUAAAAAAAAUUCAGUAUGCUGUCCCGAGGUAUAUUCGUAUUUAUAGGACGUCGUGGCAUUCAUCGUAACAUAGUGUGGUACUGAACAUAUUAGUCUUGGCAUAGUUAUUUUUAAUCUAUUGAGAGUGUUACAUAUUUAGUGCCACAUUAGGGUUUUAUUUUUAUUUUUUUGAGAACAUAACGUAUAAUAAAUACAUGUUUACAAGUUGAAAUAACUGGAUCGCCGGUUGAUGAAGAACCGAAGAUGCACUUACUGUAGCGCCGAUAACGUAUCCGAGAUAGGAUUAAAAAGAAACAUGAACGGGCACUACUGUACCGCGUGCACGUCUGUGCUCCUUUAACCUUCCUCCCUUCCUUCUAUCCCUCAGAAUUCUUCUGUAAAUCCCCUUAUUCUUCUCUCGCUUACUCUCCUGUAGUUCAAGCACUGGAAAAAAAUAAAUUAACAACCCGAUAAGGUACGAUCCGUGUAAGUAAUUUCUCACAAGUUCUCUGUACCUGCAAUGAAAAGUAUGCUAUAGAGGAAUAUCUUAUAGACUUAUAUAUAUAUAAUAUAUAAUAUAUACAUAUAUUACCGGGUAAAUGUAUGAUGUAAUGAUGUUUGAAUAAAUGUUAAUUUA